GAACUAGCCUUCCCUGGUCCAUCCCUGCCUCUUGUUUGGUAAUCAUUUCAUUUUACUCCUUUUUGAAGCGGUCGCUUGUUUUACCCCACUUUUCAUUUCUCAAUCCCGUGCGCGUAUGUUCGCUCUCUUCUUCUGAACCAGUUCAGUCACUCCCUUUUUCCCUGAACCGAAAAGGUGUCCAAGAUCCUGGCUGAUCAGCCUCCUCUGAGAUGCUUUACGGUUCUAACGCUCGCCUUUCACUCCCCCUCUUUUAACUUGAGACCAUUUAAUCUUGAGAGCACUGAACUUGGUUUUGGAUCUAACUUAAGGGGAAAACUCAAAGGGAUACAGAGCCCGUCUUUGGAUAAGAACCUCUUUCGCUUCCCUUGCUGUGUUUUGGAAGGAGAUUUUCCCCCCGUUUCAGCUGGUUUUGCUCGUUAAUCCAGGUGCCCUUGUUUUGUGCGCGAAGGAGGAUUAUUUUAGAUUGAACUGGUGUUAAGGAAAAGACACAAAAGGCUAUUUUCAUGUUCUCCAUUCAAGACAGUCUCCCGCGGGGAGCUUUGACCAUGAAAGAAGAGCCGCUCACCAGUGGCAUGACACCGGUCCGUUCGUGGAUGCAGAGCGCGGGGAUUCUGGAUGCGAACACCGCAGCGCAAAGUGGAGUGGGGCUGGCCCGGGCCCACUACGAGAAGCAGCCGCCUUCCAACCUUCGCAAGUCCAACUUCUUCCACUUCGUGCUGGCGCUGUACGACCGGCAGGGCCAGCCCGUGGAGAUCGAGAGGACCUCCUACGUGGACUUUGUGGAGAAGGACAAAGAGUACAAUGGGGAGAAGACCAACAACGGCAUCCACUACCGGCUACAGUUGCUCUACAGCAAUGGAAUCAGGACGGAGCAGGACCUGUACGUACGGCUGAUCGACUCUAUGACCAAACAGGCAAUCAUAUACGAGGGGCAGGACAAAAACCCCGAGAUGUGCCGUGUGCUCCUCACCCAUGAGAUCAUGUGCAGUCGCUGUUGUGACAAGAAAAGCUGUGGGAACCGGAACGAGACCCCAUCUGACCCGGUCAUCAUCGACAGAUUCUUCCUGAAGUUCUUCCUCAAGUGCAAUCAGAAUUGUUUGAAAAAUGCUGGGAACCCAAGAGACAUGCGGAGGUUUCAGGUGGUGGUGUCCACAACGCUCAAUGUGGACGGCCACGUUCUCGCGGUCUCCGACAACAUGUUUGUCCACAACAACUCCAAACACGGCAGGAGGGCCAGGCGUCUGGACCCCUCUGAAGCAGCCACGCCCUGCAUCAAAGCCAUCAGUCCGAGCGAGGGCUGGACGACCGGGGGCGCCACCGUCAUCAUCAUCGGGGACAACUUCUUUGACGGGCUGCAAGUGGUCUUCGGCACCAUGCUGGUGUGGAGCGAGCUCAUCACCCCCCACGCCAUUCGGGUCCAGACUCCGCCGCGACACAUCCCGGGUGUGGUGGAGGUGACGCUCUCCUACAAGUCCAAGCAGUUCUGCAAAGGCGCACCGGGGCGCUUCAUCUACACAGCCUUGAAUGAGCCUACCAUUGACUAUGGCUUCCAGAGACUACAGAAAGUCAUCCCUAGACAUCCGGGGGAUCCUGAAAGGUUACCCAAGGAGGUGCUUCUGAAGCGGGCGGCAGAUUUAGUGGAAGCCCUGUACGGAAUGCCCCACAACAACCAGGAGAUCAUCUUGAAGCGGGCGGCCGAUCUGACGGAGGCCCUCUACAGCGCCCCCCGCAGUCACAACCAGCUCCCCUCCCUCACAGGCUCCGCCCACUCGGCCAUGAUGGGGGUCAACUCCUUUGGCAGCCAGCUGGCUGUGAACAUCUCUGAGGCUUCGCAGGGUGCAGACCAGGGCUAUUCCCGCAACUCCAACAGUGUGUCACCCCGCGGCUACGUCCCCAGCUCCACGCCCCAGCAGUCCAACUACAACACCAUCACCUCCACCAUGAACGGCUACGGGGCUGCCGGAAUGACCAACCUGGGGGUGCCUGGGUCCCCCAGCUUCCUUAACGGGUCAGCUGCCAACUCCCCCUACGCAAUCAAACAGAAGAGCGCCUUCGCCCCCGUUGUGCGGCCACAGACCUCCCCACCCCCUACCUGCACCAGCACCAAUGGGAGCAGCCUCCAGGCCAUGGCUGGUCUCAUAGUUCCCCCAAUGUGAGUGAUGACUCUCCCCACGUUCUCCCAGAAGAUGGGCAUCAGCUCCAGUGGCCCUCAAGCCCUCAGACAGUAACUUCAAAGGUCCCUCAUUCUGUGGAAGAACGUCGUUCCCCCGGAAUGUAAAAGAGUGAAACCCCAUACGUAUACACACUCAUGUGCUGUACACACACAUCCAUGUCGGUGUUGUUUGCAUUCUUCCCCCAUAUAUUGCUGUUGGAUCUGGUGCAAGUCAAACUUGAUGUCCUGUGUCGCUAGGCCACACCACCCCAUAAAAGAAGCAGAGACAUUUGCGUAUAAUUAUCUUGGAUGGAAUUCUGGGAAAUUUACUGAAUUUAGUGAAAUCAGUG